UGUGUGCAUUUCUCUCUCCUAGGGCUGGUGUAUGGCAGUCAGGUGGUUGUCCCGCCAAAGGUGAACGCCGUGUUGGGAAAGAACGUCACCCUCAGCUGCAGGGUACAGGUGGACACAAACCUCAGCCUGACGCAGAGCUCGUGGGAAAGGAAGCUGCCCACUGGAUGGGUGACUCUGGCAGUGUAUAACCCAAUGUUUGGCAUCUCCAUCCCGCCCGAAUAUGAGCGACGGCUGUCCUUUCGCUCGCCCUCCAUGCACGAUGCCACCAUCGUGCUAGAAGACGUGGGUUUCGCUGACAUCGGCAUAUACACCUGCAAGGUUGCCACCUUUCCGCUGGGUAACACUCAGGCCUCCAUCACUGUCAGCGUGAUAGUGGAGCCGAAGGUAUAUGUCUCUGCUGGAUCUUCUGCUCUGAUCGACGGUGGCAAUGAAACCACAGUGGCCACCUGUAUUGCUGAGAGGGCUCGGCCCCCUGCCGACGUGUCCUGGGAGACGAAUCUGUACGGCACGUCUGAGGCCCACAUGCAGGAUGAUGUCAACGGCACCACUACGACCCAGGUGCACUACACCUGGCAACCCUCCCGUCACGCCCAGGGCCACACGCUAACAUGUGUGGUCAAACACCCCGCUCUACAGAGCGACUUCAGGAUACCCUAUAUCAUCAACGUACAGUUUGCUCCAGACAUCCUGGUGCUGGGCUAUGACGGCGACUGGUAUGUGGGCAGGGAGAAUGUGCAACUGAAGUGUCGAGCCAAGGCCAACCCGCCUGCCCAGCACUUCAGAUGGAUCAGGUUGGAUGGAGAGAUGCCAGAUGGAGCAGAGGUGGUGAAUAACUCUUUGGUGUUUAUGAGACCCUUGCAGAAGAACGACUCUGGGGUUUACAGGUGUGAGGUGGCAAACGAUAUCGGACUGCACAGCCGAGACAUUAGAAUACGUGUUCAGGAUCCUCCCUCAACCACCACCAUGCCCCCCACCACCCCUGUGCGCCUCCUAACCGCUGACAUCUCUGCCACCGCGUCUGGCAAUAAGCAGAGAGCCCUCAUCACGUCUCCAACCCUGGCGCCUCUGCCGGAGGGGAGCCUAGGCACGAUUGUGGGCGGGGCAGUAGGCGGAGCACUCUUCCUGCUGUUGCUCCUUAUUCUGGGUGGAGUUUAUUACCAGCGUCAACGGCGGACGUUCCGCGGCGACUACUACACAAAGCAGUAUCACGGCCCCUCGGAUAUGCAAAAGGCUCCCCAGCCCCAUGAGCUGCAGCAAGUCUACAGCAAAGGAAGCCCUGACACCAAGCUCAAAUCCAACCAGGAUAACGGCACCAUCUACCCGGAUAAGGAUCGAGAAGAGUGGGGUGAUUUCGACCGCGAGCGAUCGCCCAAUGGUCGCAGCAGAGCUCUGAGGGAAGCAGCCGGUCAAAUUAAUCACCAUAAUCAUCACAACCUUGAGCACGGCUAUCACAGCGACCAUCACCCAGUCCAGCCGCAAAGCUUCAGUCCAGCCCAUCAUAUCCAGAGGAGCUCGCUGCAGCCGGAGCCCCGCAGGUUUGCUGCUCCGCAAGUCAUGAGCAACGGCUCCCCCUACCUGCCGGAGGACUGCUACGACAACGACUACGUGUCGCACACGGAUGGCUCAAUGAUCUCCCGGAGGGAGUGGUAUGUCUGAGCAGGAAGAGACUGCGUAAACACUUACGAAAUGCUUCAGACUGCAAAAUGAGGAUGAUCAGAAUUAUGUAAAGAAAAUUAGUAGGAAAUGCACCUUUUCUAGUAGUUUACACCUACCGGUUUGUUUUUGUACAUUAGCCUAAUCAUUAGUUAGCUGGCUUAAUAGAUGUUUUGGGACCAAGUGAGGGUAUAAUUCUCGUCUUCGUUUCUUAGAUUGGUGAGGCAACAAGACGUCUGCUUUGUUUCACCGAUAAACCAGUUCAGGGGUGAUAUAAGUUGCCAAAUCAAUAGCCAGUCUCCUUUCCCUUGCACAGUGAGGUGAACUGUGUGAUUUAUUUAAAAGAAAACAGUUAGAACAAAUGCCAUUUGUAUUGUCGUUAAGUGUUUCAGAUCAGCCCGACCGUGAGCGAUGAGUUUCAAUGAGUCACGUUAACUUUGAAUGCUGUCACUCUGAUGGAGGCAGAAAUUAGCUCCCGUCAACAGCCUGGCGGUUUCCAUGGCAACAGGAAGUUGCUGUAGGGAGGAGCUAGACAGGGAGGACCGUGCUGGAUUUGAUAAAGCCCAAUGGGCGAAAGCCAGACAGGAUGAUUGCCGAAAUGGGGUGGCUGUAAUUGUAUCAAUUCAUCUUCCAUUUGCAUAACCCUGCAUCACUAUAUUAGCUCUGGAUUUCUUUUGUUUGUGCCAUCAAAAAUGGAGUCUGUCUGCAGGAGACGGUUGGACAAUGUACAUUUAAAAACUACUGCCAUUGUUCAACAUGAAAGCUUGUCCCGUAUUAAUGUAGCUGUCUGCCUUGUCUUCGUCAGACCAUCACUGCCCAGUGUUAACAACCUUUGACUGCAUUCAGCGACUGUGCAUUACGUCACGAAUCGAGUCCUGUGCCUGUCUCUUGUGGUUCUGUUUGUGUGUGUGUGUCUGUAAUAUGUAAAUCCAAUCAGCUGGUGUUAACCAACAGUGUUUUGAUGAAUCGGCUCAUUGCCUGUGCAAUAGUGUUCAGAUUUCCAGUCACAUUCGCGCACAUAAUUUAACGCAGAAGACGAUAGCCUAAUACACAUGUUAAUGGUCAUUAAACUUGUGUUGGCUGGAUCUUAAUGAGCUAGCAGAUGCGUAUGUUUGGUUUUUGAGAUAUUGGAGAUGAUAUUAUAGUGCCUUAAACUGAAGACGUGCCCUGUAAGCAUUAUAAAGUGCAUGCAGAAUUUACGAGCGAGUGAGUAUCAUUUUCAGAAGAAGUAUGCGAGUAGUUUUGAGGCAUAAAUUGGUCAGGUUGGGUCCUGAGAUCAUUAUUUUGUACUGUGCUUUGUUCACCACCUUGUUUUGUGUGCCAUUUGCUUCUUUCAGACAAUAACUAAUUGUUUUUCUCGCAUUAAAUGACGUGUGACACUUGAGUCACGGUGCACAUCAAAGAGUCAUGAACUUAAAAUGUCUGUGUACAGGUUUGGGUGAAGAAUUCGAUGAAAACAAACUUAUGUAUAUAUGCUGGCAGAUAGGAGAACCUUGUUUUGUUUUGUUAGUUUGUUUGAAUUUAUCGUUCCUAUAGGAAGCCUGAGAUUCAACUGUGGAACGCACUAGAAAACCCACCAUUACACAGAUUGUGAUGAGAGGAUCACAAGUACACUUCUUCAGAAUCUUUUCCACUUUUUUUGUUUUACAAAAGAGCUACUGUAACAAAAGAAAAUAUAGAAAUAAUAAAAAAAAUAGCAAGGAAGAAAUGUAUUUGCAAUGUAUAGAUGAUACUGAGCAUUAUUUUGUAAAAUCAACCUUUGGGAUACAUUUGUUUUAAAAUAAAGCACCUUUUUUUCUGUGACAUGUUUCUU